AUGUCUCAAAAUCAGCCUGUGUAUAUAAGUCUCCCUGGUGGGAUGCAAUCAGAACGACGAUCUUCAUCGGCUUCGGAAAGAUCGACACAAGCAUCAUUGGCCUAUGAGAAUACGUCUUCACAAACUUCAAACCAUAUGUCUCAAGACGAUGAAGAAGAUGACGAGCAAAGCGAAGCAGGUUCGGAGGACCUCCCCAUAAGAGAACCAGCCUACACCACCCAAGAACUGGUCGCCAUCAUUCUGGACUUUUACAACUUCCUUACAACUCUUCACUUUGAUGCUGCAAAUCUCAAAACAGCUCCCCCAGAAGGAUGGCCGAGCCUCACACCUGAAGUUCUAUCAAUCUUAGACAAAUCCGAAUACAUUCUCGACCUCAUCCGUCACAUCCCUUACUUCAAACAGUCUUUCUGGUCCAUUGGCUUCCUCUACAAGUCCCAGCUGUGCGACAUCCCAGAGUACACGCUCAAGGACUUUGAGGAAGAGAUGUGGUGGACGGAAGACUAUGAAUUUGUUUCAACAAGAGGUGAAGCAGACGGAAGACACUUUAUCCGUCUUGCCGAAGGAAGAGAAAGCGGUGGCCGUAUGGUAUGGCUAAACGCCAAGGAUGGCGAGAUUGUUGACUGCGAUAUAAGAGGCGAUCCUGAAGAUCCGGUAGAUAUCCAGGUUUAUUUCAACAGCCUCAAGGAAAGAUAUCGAAAGCUUGAAUUGUUUCCCGGUCCUCCUAGUAUUGUUACUCAAGAAUACGAGGAAAUGCCCGAGUGUGACGAAACAAUCACGGAAGCAGAAUUUCUAGAGCAGGGGCCAGAAAUUUCUAUUGUUGAGAACGUCGAUUUUGGUAGGAAGCUUUAUCGUCGAUUCGGAUGGCCUGAUGCUUUUCAAAGGGAAGAAUGCUGGAAGGAAGUCGAGAGGCUACAAGAUGAGAUGAACGAUAUGGAUGACAGUAUUUGGGAAGGGACUCCUUUGUACGGUCGACAAUGA